AUGGAUAAUAAAAUAAUAUAUUUGACAGAAUUAGAUUCAUCAGUUGAUAAAUCAGAACCUUUUGUAAUGGGUAUUGAUGAAGCAGGUAGAGGACCAGUAAUGGGUCCAAUGGUAUAUGGUUGUUGUUAUGCACCAAUUUCGAAAUCUACAACUUUAAAAUCAAUGAAAUUUAAUGAUUCAAAGAAAUUAACAGAACAACAAAGAGAUCAAUUAUUUGAUAAAAUGGGAGAAUCAAAUAAAAUUUUAGCAUAUGAAACAGAUGUAAUUACUGCAGAGAUAUUAUCAGAGAAAAUGUUAUAUAAGAAACCAAUAUCAUUGAAUGUUAUAUCACAUGAAUCUGCAAUAGGAUUAAUUAGAUCCGUUUUGAAAAAGGGAGUCAAUGUUCAAGAGUUAUAUUUGGAUACAGUUGGACCACCAGAUAAAUAUCAAUUAAUGUUAAAGAAAUUGUUUCCAGAGAUUGGUAAAAUCAUUGUUUCAAAGAAAGCCGAUAGUUUAUAUCCAAUCGUUAGUGCUGCAAGUAUUGCUGCUAAAGUGGUUAGAGACUUUGAAAUUACAAAUAAAAAUUUCGAUUAUUUAAAUAUUUAUGAUCAAGAUGAACAAUUAUCUACAGAUUUUGGAUCUGGUUAUCCUAGUGAUCCUCUCUCAAAGAAAUGGUUAGUCAAGAAUAGAGAUAAGGUAUUUGGGUAUCCUAAUUUCAUUAGAUUCAGUUGGAAGACCACUGAAACCGCUAUGAGAGGUGCUUGUUUUGGUGUAGAUUGGGUAUUGGAAAAUGAUAAAUUAAAACAACACUUUCAAGAGAAUCAAAAUGAUAAAAAAAGAUUUAUGUUUUUUAAAGAGAAUAAUAUAGAGAAUUGUAUAAAUGAUUUUUAA